UGAGCACCCUGAUAACCUCGAGCCUCUCACCUGGGCAGGGUUGAAACGGAAAACGCCUUGCCGCAAUCAACAUGUCUUCUGAGGUUAAGCGACUACUAGCUAGGCUGUGCUCUCUUCUCCGCAGCGCGCAUCUCGCAGUCAAUCCUUCAUAUGACGCGGAAACGACAUUCGAACCAGCUUCCUAUCAGCACUGAACCUUCAUCGAGGCUGAAGGUUAGAGCACGAUGGCCAUCCGGAUAUCGACAAGAAUGGCCAUGUUGCUGGGCCUCGGUAGCAUGCUUCUUGCCGUGAAAAUUAUAGCAGGCGCGACGACUGGUUCAUAUGUCCUGGUUGCUGAUGCUCUGCGCUCCUUCAACGCCGUUUUCUCACAGGUUCUUGCACUCUGCGCACACCGCAUCGCUGCGCGGAGCACUCCGGACAAAGUAUUCACAUAUGGCUGGAGGCGUGCGGAAUGCGUCACCGCGCUCAGCAACAGUGUCGCUAUCGUCGGCUUCUGUGCCUUCGCCACCGUCAAGUUUGUAGGAACGCAGGUCUCUCCGGACCUACCCUCGUUCAGGCCGCAACUGAUGAUCACACUUGCUGUUUUCGGGCUGAAUGUCAAUGUCAUGGGGCAUUUGUUAAUGAAAAGGGAAAGCUUGCCUAGUCAUGCGGCGGCGCUGGACGAAGCACUGGAUGUGGAUAUAGGAAGCGCCUCAGAUGAAGUCGCCCCGGGAAAUGAGACGGCAACCUCAUCGACUGAGCGAAAAGCGCAACUAUUAUCCGCAAAUGGGUCAGCCCUUUACCAAGCGAACAUACCUGGAGAUGGAACAUAUCGAAAGAAAGAUGAUGCAAGACCCGGACCGCCGGCUCGAUCACUUGGAAGAUCCAGAGAAUAUUCCGCACUAGACGAGAUUUAUGUGCAUCCUUCCAGCUUCCGCAAUUCCAUCAUCGAAUCUUCCCGAUUAGAGCAAGUCGACAGCGAUGAUGAAAAUACAUCCCUGGGGGAUGAGCCACUGGAACACACGCCACUGCUCGCACACGGGACUUAUCCCGAUCGAGGUCAUAGAUCUCGGCUGCAUGCCGCUCAAUUUCGCCAGAUGCAUCCUCAUACAACCCACCACCACCGAUGUCUCCAUCGACCUCAUCUCACAAAGCCGGUGCAGAACCACACCCUGUUGAACAUAGCGCCACUAUCGCUCUGGGACAGGUUUGAUGCCCUGAGCAACCUCGCCAUGAUCCUCACCGCGGUUCUCACCCUCAAAGCCCACGGAGUCUGGAUAGCUCGCAUUGACCAGGGGCUCGCAGCCUUGAUCACCCUCUACACGUUCGUUCCCGCUCUCUCACUUUGUGUGGCGGCCUCCAGAAUUCUAUUGCAGGCCACACCAGCAGGCAUCUCAGUGGAUGAUAUCAGAGAAGAUAUCACGGACCUUCAAGGAGUAAUAAGCUGUCAUCACCUGCAUGUUUGGCAGCUCGACGACACGAGGCUUAUCGCGAGCUUGCGCGUUGCGGUCGACGCGAGCGGCUGGGGGCGUGAUGGGAGCUAUAUGCUGCUUGCGAGGGAGAUAAGACUUUGUCUGCACGAGUACGGAAUCCAUUCUUCGACUAUACAACCUGAGUUCGUCCAGGGGUUCGCCGUUAACAGCAACAACGGCAACAGCGACCCGGAAGGAAACGCUCUGUCAAGGGAAGACAGCGGUGUGGAUACCCAGUGGGUUGGGACGUCCCAAGCCGUCAAUGAAGACGCGGUAGCACAUCUUGGAUUCUCGGUGUCGUCGCUCCUAGGCUCCUAGCGUAACUGGCCAUCUAGCGCACUCACAUUACAAAGCGAGAAGGCCCUCAGCCUUCAAUCGAUCGCGCGAUUGAAAUGGGCACACCUAGUCGAAGUCCAACAUGAUAAGCUUUUCGAGGACCCGGGUCCGAAUAUCUCCGACCCCAAGCUCGACUUGCGUUG